UUUGCAUUGCAUCACAACAACAGUAAUUGCCAUACAAUUUGUCAGUCAGUCAUACAUAACAUACAGUGGAGUAAGUGUUGACUCUAACGACACGUUUGUUAAGUGAUCUUUCAUAUGACAUGUUUAGCAUCAGUGAAGACAAUCGUUGGAUGAGUUGAACACAAUUGACAACAAUUUUGAUUGACAGAGACAUCAGAGUUACCAGUGAUGGACAGUUGUCAACACAUCGAUGAUAUUAAAUCACAUCAACAGUGAAAUCAUUAUUUACGAUAAGUAACGACAAACAGAUAUUAUUUGAACCAUCGAUGACUAGUAAUGUUGUGAAUGAUAUGCACUGAAGAUAAUGUUGUCGUCAUUGGUUGCGUGGGUUCUCAACUCAUAUAUUGGCGAAUACUUCGAUAAUGUCAAUACAGAUCAGCUGUCAAUUGCUCUUCACAAUGGUGAAGUCGAGUUAGAAGGACUACCGUUAAGAAAGGAUGCAUUCAAACAUCUGGGUCUUCCUCUUGAGAUAAUCAAUGGAUAUAUCGGCAAAAUAAGUCUUAAGAUUCCUGUAUAUCGUCUUAAAAGUGAGCCGUGGGUUAUAUCAAUAGAUGAACUCUUCCUCAUUGGUCGACCCAUAACUGAUUUUAAUUAUAAUGAAGAAGAAGAGACAAAGAGUGAACAAAAUAUUAAGAUUAAUCAAUUGGACGCAACAGAGUCCCGAUGGAAAGCCAUUCACGAGUCAACUAAAGAGGAGUCUCAGUCAUACUACGCCUCUUCAUACAUAUCAUGGCGUAACUAUGGCUCCAAUUUUAUAAGUAAUAUUGUAGAGAAUGUACAGUUGAAGAUCAGAUCAGUUCAUAUCCGAUAUGAGGACUGUUCGACAAUACCUGGCAUUCCAUUUGCCGCCGGAAUUAUCAUAAAAAGUCUUUCGGUUCAUUCAACUGAUGAAAAUUGGAUACCAAAGUAUGUAACCAGAGAUAACUCGGAAUAUUUGAGAAAAUUGUUAGAAAUGGACGGUUUUAGUGCCUAUUGGGACACCAAUACACAACUAUUUAGUCAUUUAGAUUUACCAGAAAUGGUUAAACAAAUGAGAAACCAUUUGGAUCGUGGCUGUGAUAUUGAUGGUACGCCAACAGAUCACGAAUAUAUAUUGGCACCUGUAUGUGGAAAAGCAUAUCUUAAAAGAAAUUGUUCAGAAAAGCCGCUGACAUCACGUUUAGUGCCGAGAACUGUGAUUGAUCUACAACUAGAUCAGGUGCCGGUUCUCUUAACUGCUAUUCAAUACAAACAUAUAAUUGAGUGGAGUAGUGCUUUCAGUAGAGCUAACACUGCUUGGAAAUACCGUAAAUGGAAACCUAAAGUUGCAGUAAAUGGUAACAGUAAGGACUGGUGGAAAUUUGCAGUCGACUGCAUUAUGUCUGCAUAUCGAGAGAGGAAACGACGUCGAAACUGGCAGUUUGUCUUAGGACGUGCUCGAGAUUGUGUCAAAUAUUGUGAUGUGUAUUAUAACCAUUUGUUACAUCCCGAGACACUUACCCGUGAAAUGAGACUAAUUAAGGAACGGAUAGAAUAUGAGUUGUCAUAUGAAGAGAUCUGUUGUUUACGUGAAAUAGUGUUUUCAAAUUGUGAUAAAAGUCAACAAAAUAUUGAAAUUCAAACCCCGAGUGGAAACUAUUUAUCAUUAAAUUAUUGGUUCUCCGGUUGGUAUAACUAUAAUACCAAUGAUAAGACAAACACCGAAAACAAUAUAAGUUCUGAACAACAAAAUGAAGAGACAAUUACUGCUAAUAGUUUUUGCGAAACGAAUAGUGAAAGACGUAAAUCUAUGUCUAAUUUGUAUAAUUUAAAUGACAUAUUUGUGACCAGAGAUGCCGUUUUCGGUCAAUUAAACUUUACUAUAACUAACGCAUCCUUUGCUUUAAUGACUUUCUCUGAAAAUCCUUCUUCUCCUACCUUUACUUCCGAAAAAUUGAUGAAUAAUUUGAUGGAAUUUGAGUUUUCAAAUGUUAAGAUUGGAGUCGAGAUAUGCAACAAAAGUCUUUGUGAUUAUGAAUUCAAUACUUGUACUGACAUUACAUUUCGGACUCAAGCAUCUGAUCCGCUAUCAAAUGAAUCCAACAUUCAAUUAAAUUUACUUUUUGAAUGUCAUUAUUUAAAUUUAGUUAUUUUGAGAACAAAAAGUGCAAUAAUUGCUGAAAACGAUGCCUCAAAAUUAGCCACAGCUUCUCUUAACGGUUGUCUCAUUACAAUUAAAGUGGCGUCAAAUGAAAUUGGAGUCGACGGACAUCUUAAUGGAUUACAAGUCAUUGAUUUAGUCACUGAUCAGACCAGUAAUAAACAUAAAAGAGUAAUCAAUUUGGGUAAAGAGGUUACACCCAGUGAUGUCGAAUUAGAGCCCAAAACAUUCAAAAUGUCUUUAAAGGAUAACACAGAUAAUGAAAAGGCUUUUAACUUUUCAUUUAGACGUCUUCUCAAUGAAAAUAUUCUUAAAAUAAACAUUGAAAUGGCAUCUCUCUGUUAUGUCCAUUCAAGUCAAUUGAUAUAUGAAUUAACUCUCUGUUCACAAAAUAUUAAGAAAUAUAUGACAACUUUUUCUGAUAAAGUCAAAGCUGCCGCAACUGAAGUGGCCUUAGGAAUGGUAGCUAAAACAAAGUCUAAGUCACCUAAUUUGAGGAGAACUACGACCGGUUUUAUUGAAGAUUUUAGACUAAAUGUUUAUUUGCAAACACCAGUUAUUAUUCUUCCAAUUUCUUCUUCAAGUUAUGAAGUAAUGGUCGGCCAUUUAGGACACAUAUCACUUAAGAACCAUAUAUGUCCUGAUUAUCGUAAUUUUAAAAAUAGGAAUAAUAAGAAUCAUAUCGUUUCCGCUGAAAUACGUGAUUUAAGUCUUUACUCAUUAGACUGUUCGAAGAAUAUUAAGAAAGGGAAUCAUUUGAUGAGUUUAAGUGUUGAAGAACUGUAUUCUUGUAAACCAAACGGUAUUUCUAUAUUACAAGAGACCGUCAUUGAAAUAAGUGUUGAAAAUAAGAACAUAACACCAAAGUUUGAAAAAUGUUCCGAAGAGAGUGGUCUGAAUGCUGUUAUGGCGGUGUCCGACAUGAAUGCCACCAAAUUUGCUGUCACUUCCCUAUCAACUACUAGACAUCAAAUGGUUACAAAUCGUCAAAUUAGUUAUCAAAGUGUUAAAGAAUUAGUUCUAACUUUUGAGAUCCCAAACAUCAAUCUUCGCGUUUCGUAUAAUGAUUUACUUAUAUAUUGGCAAAUAAUUAGUUCACUUUCAUAUAAUCCAUCAAAAAAUAGCACUGAAUAUCAUAAUGAUAAACACAAAUUAGUUACAGAAAGCAAUGCAUUGCCAUCAAGUAUUAAACAGUUGGAGUCAUUGGGAUUUGCUUACGAGGAUUGUGUUAAAGCACUUGAAAUAUGUUUCGGAGAUAUUAGUGAGUCUGCCAUAUGGUUAACACGAAAUGCUAAAUGCAAAUCAGAUAAAUUUAUUGAUAACUCAAACAACUCAAGUAUUGAACGUAAUCUUCGUCUUCAAAAUCAACCAUUUUAUUCAAAUUUUUCUGUAAUUGAGAUCCGGAUACAGAACGGAACUCUUUGUCUAAUUGAUGACUGCAAUGAAACAGAUGUGCCUCUUCUUGAGCUUAAUAUCAAAGAUUUUCGUCUUAUGCAACACAAUAGUGAGCCGCUGUUGGAAGGCUUUUCUCAAAUGGCAUUUUCUUGUGAUUAUUUUAAUAGCGCUCUUUCAGGUUGGGAACCGUUUAUUGAAGACUGUAAGCUCCAGCUUAGCUGGAAUGUGAUUGACAGACCUUUUCAUAUUAAGACAUUAGAUUCACAUAAAAAGAAAAUAUCAUUUCAUUUUGAACUUAAAGAGAUGUUAAGUAUUAAUAUGACAUCACAUUUCAUUGGACUCAUCAAAAAUGUUAGUCAUUCUUGGAUUCAAGACAUACAGGACUUUAUGAAUUUGUCGCCAACUAAGAGGGCAUUCCGUCACAGAACACCAUUCAUUCCUUACGCCAUAAAGAAUGAGACGGGUUGUCGACUCAGGUUUUAUGCUAUUCAAGAUUCACAUCAAUCCAAUGUCUUAUGUGAUCAAAAAAUGUCAGAUCUAUUGAAUGAAACUCAAACUCAGAUGAAUUGGAUUACAGUCGAAAAGAACCAAACAAUUCCUUUUAGCUUUGAUUUGGUUACAAAAACAUUGAAAACACGACACUAUGACUCUCAUAUGGAAAAAGCACAUAAAAUAGUAGUGGCUGUCGAUGGAUGGAAAGCUGUAUUUCCGGUUACUAUCAAUAGAGUUGGUAUUUACUUCAGAGAAGCUAUGUCUGAGAUAUUUAUCAACCAAACGGCCCGUAUUGUCUUCUCUAUUGAAUUGGAACCAAAGUCACGAAAAUUAGUAACCAUUCGAUCAGCUCUUCUCAUAUCAAACAAGACUUCUAACGCAAUUGAACUUAAAUUUCAAAAUACAAAUGAAAGUCUUUAUAUAAAUUCAAAUGCAAUACUACCGGUGCCGUUACGUUUAGUGCGUAAUAAAAUACAAGUGCGUCCGUGCGAUGUUGGUGUCAAUAUGUGUGAAACAACAUUAAAUUGGGAACACGUGCGAAGAUGCAAUGAAAUAAGUAGUGAAUUACAAAUCUGUAGUCCCAUAACUGUCACCCGUAACCAACAUUCGUCAUAUUCAACUGCUUCUGCCUAUCGAUACUGUGUUUUAGUUGAAAGAAACAGAUUUCCAUUGGAUGUCACAUCACAAGGACUUGGAUUGCAAUCAUAUAGAGCACAACCGGCGCAUACCAUUACUUUAGUGCCACCACUUCAGAUAACUAAUCUUUUACCUUAUGAAUUGAGAUUUCAUAUAUCAGGAACUGCUGUCAUCGGUACUAUAAAAUCAGGAGAAGACAUAUCUAUUCAUUAUGUUAAUCCAUUGGAACAAAUUACUAUAGAAGUAUCGAUUGAAAACUUCCCAAACUGUAGACCACUUGUUAUAAAUCCCGGAGCUGUUAGAGAUUAUGUAACACAUAUUGAUUUAUUUGACAGUAGAAAACGUCUUCUUGUUUUGCAUGCAUUGGUUUCAUUAGUGAACGGUUCGACUACUGCUUUAGCCGUUAACAUAUACUCUCCAUUUUGGAUCAUCAAUAAGACAGGUCUUCCAAUUAUAAUCAAACAGGAGGGGGCCUCAGAUUUUGCGGGACAAUUGGCUGAACACGAAGUGGCGCGAAGUAUUUGUCCGCUUUUAUUCUCAUUUUCAGAACCGGAUUUAGUCAGACAGUGCUCUUUAAGAUUAGGAAAAACUAAAGGAACAAACCCUCGGUGGUCUAAUCCUUUCUAUUUAGAAAAAGGAAUGUGUUUUAGAAGCUUAAGAGUUGGUCAAAAUGAUGUACAGAAAUUCGAUAAGGUUUGUGAAUUUGGAAUCGACAUUAGGAAUGGUAGGGAUCGAUAUCGAGAUACCAGAAUUGUUACGAUAACACCACGAUAUCAGAUUGAAAAUCUCAGUUCUUAUCGAUUAGAGUUUGCACAGAAAUGUAUGACUAUUAGUGAUUCAGCUGAACGUGAAAAUCCUAUUAGUAUUUUACCGAAAUCUAAUGUGUCAUUUCAUUGGCCACGAACUGAUAAAGACCGACUACUAUGUGUUAGGAUAGCAUCGAUACCAGACUGUCACUGGUCGGGAGGGUUCGUUGUAGAGCCGUCCACAUCGUUUCAUCUGAAUAUUCGAGACGAUAACCGAAAGUCGCAUUUCAUUAGAGUAGAGAUACUCACACAAAGCGCCACAUUUUUUAUAGUGUUGACCGACGCCAAUAACCUCCCGCCGCCCAUUCGGGUCGAGAACUUAUCUCAAGUUUCGAUUGAGUUCUUUCAAACCAAUACUAAACAUUCAUAUAUGAGAACCAAAGUUAGAGCCAAUUCACAAAUGCCUUAUGCAUGGGAUGAGUCAACAUUAAAGCCUCACAUCACUGUAAGAGCUCCGGGAGGUUCUGUUUCGACAUAUGAUUUGAUGAGUUUAGCACCGGGAGAUCAACUGACUUAUGAGAACUUUGUUUAUCUCGCUUUUAACGCUACAUUUAAUGUUGAAGAAUCUGACGAUGAAAUGGUUACAGUUGGACCACAUUUUCCUAAAGAUGACAAUAAUCAUCAAUUAGUGUUUGAUGUGAUGGACGGUACAAAUAGAGUAUAUUUAGCAAGAAAAGAAAGGGGUAAAAGAUCACAGUUAUGGAGACUCGAUAAAUCAAAGAGACUCAUACAUGAGGGUUCAUCACCACCUAUUGAUCCAAAUGACCCAAAAAAGACAUCGCUUUAUAAAACAAAUAGAAAUGAAUUAGUUUUAGACAUCGCAACUGAAUGUGCACAACCCGGAGGAUAUACACAAUUAAUGAUCCGUAAAAUUGAUGCCAAACGUGCGUGGACUCAGACCUGGACUUUUGAUGAAAGUGGAAGAUUAUGUUGUGAAUAUCCUAAUCUAUGUGUUCAGCCAAACGAACCAAACAAUGGUAGUAAUGGAUUGCAAAUUGGAAACCAAAUUGUUUUGGGACCCAAAAAAUCUGAUCCAACAUCUUUGAAAUUUGUAUCUAACGAACAAUCUAUUAGUGCAAAGAAAAUGAGAAAAGGAUCCGGAAUUUUGACUAUUGCUGUCUUAGCCGAAGGACCGACACGUGUAUUGAGAAUUAGUGAUAGUAAAUGUCGUGACAGAGUGUCGACAUCAAACCCACCCCUAAAACUAGAAGAUAUCAAUAAUGAAUAUAAAGGUUUCUUCAAAAAUAUUGAUUUAAAUGUUUUAUUUACCAUUGAAAGAGUUGGUCUUUCGAUUAUAAAUAAUAUGAAUGAAGAAUUGGUUCACAUAUUCUUUCGUAAUUCUAUUAUUUGUUUUAAUUUUAAUGCUGAAGAAUGCGAUUUCAAUACAUCGAUAAAAGACAUUCAGAUCGAUAAUCAGUUAAAAGGAGCCGAAAAGGCAGUUAUACUUCAAUUGAAUUCAGCCGUUAAUAGCGUACAAUUACCCGCCAUAUCAGUGUCGGCACAAAAACAAUUUGUUUCAAAUGUUGAGGCAAAUGUAUUCAAAAGUUUUCAAAUAUCAAUCAAAGAUAUGAUAUUUAAUUUGGAGGAAAUUCUGUUAUUAAAGAUAUUAGAGUUCCUCGGGAUUGAUAUAAUAGACAAUGAAUUGGAUCAAAUUCAUAGUCAAGACUCAGCAGCCAAUCGAGCCAUCUCUUCAAUAUUGGCUAAAUCUUCACGUUAUUACUUCACAAUAUUUUUAAUACAGUUAUCUCAAGUAAAACUCAGUGUAUUUACAUCCAGUCAUUUACCAAAACUAUACGCAAGAUUAAAGAAAAGAUUAGGCAUUAAACUGAUCCGUUUCGAGGACGCAACCGUUCAAUUGUCACCAUUCAAGAAAGUCUAUACAUUGAUGACCAAAAAUUUUUUGAUUGAUUCAAUUUACAAUCACUAUAGAGCUGAACUCAAAAGUCAAGCCGCAAAGAUAUUAGGAUCGGUUGACUUUUUAGGCAAUCCAUUAGGUUUUGUCAAUGAUGUAACUGAUGGUCUUAAUGAGCUGAUACAUGAGGGCAAUUUUGGUGGUCUCAUCUGGAAUGUAGCCCAUGGCAUAUCUGACUCUACAGCUAAAGUCACUUCUGUAUUAUCGGAUAGUUUGGAUGUCGUCAAUAUGGAUCAAAGACAUCAAAUUAUUAGAAAACGUAUCAAACAAGACAACACUAACCACUUGACCACUGGAUUUAAAGGGUUAGGGGUUGGCAUUCUUGGAGGGUUUACAAGUAUUAUCACUCAAACAUAUGAGGGAGCAGUUAAAGAAGGUGUUCCCGGAAUAUUUGUUGGUUUAGGUAAAGGAUUAGUUGGCACUAUAACCAAACCGGCAGUAGGAAUGUUAGAUUUUGCAACUGGAGCUGCAAGUGCUGUACGUGAGUCUACUCGUAAAAUUUCAAACCAUAAUAAUUUUAUCACUGAAAGAGUUCGUCCUCCAAGAGUUAACUCUAUUAAUGGUUUAUUAAUUAAAUACGACUCAAUACAAGCUAAAGGACAAGAAUUCUUUAAUUAUUGGCAUCUAAUCACUAAUAGAGAAGAAUUGGAACGAUUUGUUUCAGUAGAAAAGUUGCGAAAUAUGUAUUCAGUACUGAUUACCACCGAAAAGAUAAUAUUCAUACAAACAAUUGCUUACAAUGGUAUUGAAGACUACAAAACAGAGACGACCAUCGAGUUUGACAAUCUUGAGAAGUGUCUCGUUUGGAGUGUCGGCUCUGCAUUUGUAGCCAAUUGUCUCGAUUACUAUGUAGUUGUCAUUAGAAGUAAUUGCAAGUCUAAUGACUUACAAAAUACUAUUAAUAUUAGUCCAAAGUUUUUAUGUGAAAAUCAAAAGAUUGCUAAUAAUGUUUGUCAUAACAUAAAUUCAGUCAAACAUUUCCACGAAGAAAGAAAAUACUUUAUUACAAGUUCUUAGGACAGGGAAAGACAGUGACGACAGUGACCACAAUG